AUGUCCAGUAAGACAUCUAUGAAUGCUGAUGACACGAAAGUAUUCAAAGCAAUCAGAGCACUGGAAGAUGCUUCAGCUCUACAAGCAGAUCUAACGAAUGUAAGUAGGUGGUCGGCAGGCUCUGGAUUGCAGUUUAAUGAGGAAUAAUGUUACGUACAGUCUAUAACUUGCAAAAAAAUAGGUACGCGACGCGUACAUGUAUCUGCGAAAAAACUCGAUUCACAUUUUGUAUUUUCUUGAAAGGAACUGAAUAAUGAAGGUGACAUGCGACAUUUGAAAUAUUUCAUCACUUAUUAUAAUAGCAGAUAAGAUUUAAAACAGGGCUGUACACAGCGGGGAGGGCAGCAGGGCAGGGCAGCAGGGCAAGUGCUCCCCCCCCCCACGCCCGCACCAAGAAAAUUUACCAACUUUAUAAUGUGAUUAUGAUUGUAACAGAUAAUUAUGCAGUCAGGAAAUAAAAAUUUCAUGCAAACAAUAUUCAAAGUGUCUAUACAGCCGGCUAUUUAGUAAACUGUCACCUGUCAAUUCAAUCCAUACUCAUCAUAAAAAUUAUAAUGUUAACCAGUUUAACAACGAUCUAAGUGAGGUUUUUAGUUUGCCCUUGGAUUCAGCUAUUUUAACUGACCCAAAUGCCUUAUGGGACGAUUUUAAAAAUAAGUUUUUGAGCGUCGCAGAUAAACAUGCACCAAUCAGACAACGUCGUGUCAAGAGUGAAUAUAAACCGUGGCUGACAAAUGAAAUUAAGCAAAUGAGCUAUCGUAGGGAUUACCUUAAAAAGCAAUCGAUUAAAUUAAGAUCUGCGUAUUAUGAUAAGGCUUACAAGAGAUGUAAAAACAAGUUAAAUAAUCUCAUAAAAGAAACUAAACAAGAAUACUUUGGAGAUAAACUAAGCAAUGCUAAAAAUAGCAAAGAAAGUUGGCGAACUAUUAACGAAUUAUUAAACAAAAGCCUAAAACUUCAGAGGUUAAAGAACUAG